AUGGAAGAUACUAAGGCAAGUGAUACUCCAAUUGCAACAGCCACAAAGCUCACCUUGGAUAAAACUAGUCCCCCAGUUGAGCAGAAAAUAUACAGAGGUAUGAUUUUCUCCUUUCUGUAUCUUAUUGCUAGUCUACAUGACAUUGUAUUCAGUAUGGGAUUAUGUGCAAGAUUUCAAAAUAAUCCUAAAGAGUCUCAUCUAAAAGCUAUGAAAAGAAUCUUGAGAUAUUUUAAAGGAACAAGUGAGUUGGGGUUGUGGUAUCAUGGAGGCAGCAACUUCGAUCUAGUUGGAUAUGCUGAUGCUGACUACGCAGGGUAUUAUUUAGAUAGGAAGAGCACUACAGGUAUGGCACACUUUCUUGGAUCAUGUUUGGUCUCUUGGGCGACAAAGAAACAAAAUUCUGUGGAACUAUCUACUGCUGAGGAAGAAUACGUGGUUGUUGUAUCAUAUUUCUCUCUACUGCUAUAG